CAGAUGACAUGACAUGUCAUCGUCAAAUAAAAAAACUCAAAUAAUACCAAUAUUUCCUGCGGUUAUCAAAUUAAAAUAGUGAUUAUACGCUCUUUGAUCGCGACUUUAAUCGGUCUGAUUUGAGUAAUGUAAUUUAAUAAUCUUAAUAAGUAAAUAAUUAACCGGCGUAUCCUAAGCGUAUCAGUAGUAAAUAGCAAAGCAGGUAGACAAAAUGUUGGUUCGGAACAUAUCUCGGAGUUUUUGGAAUGCUUUGCGUCUGGAGACACGGCUCUUGUCUUCAGAUACGGCAAAGCCACUGCCUGAAACCAAAGAAGGUGUAGAACCAAUUCAGGCUGAAGCACUGGAUAAAGACAUUUGCCUAUUAGUGGAUGAGAAGGACAAUAUCAUUGGUACCGCAACUAAGAGAGAAUGCCACAAAGUGGGCCCUGAGGGCGAUAUCUUGCUGCACCGAGCCUUUAGUGUCUUCCUGUUUAACAAGAGAGGUGACAUGUUGUUACAAAGGAGGUCAAGCCAAAAGGUUACAUACCCAGAUUACUACUCCAACGCCUGCUGCAGUCAUCCAUUGUACAUAGACAACAAGCCAGAGAACAUCAUAGAUGCUGCCAGGCGGAGAAUGAACCAUGAACUAGGCAUACCAAUGGACCAGAUGGAGCCGGAACUGUUCACGUUCCUGACGCGCGUGCACUACCACGACCCCGGCGACGGCGUGUUCGGCGAGCACGAGAUCGACCACGUGCUCUUCCUGCAGAGCGACUUCAAGAUCAAGCCCAACUCGAACGAGAUAUCCGAGUACUGCUUCGUGCCCAAGAACGAGUUCAAUGCAUUUAUCCCGACGUUGGAAGGGCCGAUAACACCCUGGUUCAACAUGAUCAGGCGCCAUAGACUGAAGCUAUGGUGGGACAACCUGCACCGUCUCAAGGAACUCGCCGAGCCAGAGAAAAUACACAAGUUCAUAGAAAAAUAAUCAUAUUUCCAUUUAUAUUAUAUUGCUAUUAAUAAUAUUAUGUGUAUAUAAUUAAUUACGAACAAGGAAGCAGUGGCAAUUCUAACAAUAUCGCAUUUUAUUUAGUUUAUUUCAAUUAAUCAAAUGUGUUAAUUUUCUUUAAUAUGUAUAGCUAUGACCCCGUGCCACUUUAAAUAUCGGAAUAGUUGUGCUAUUGACAGUUGUUAAGACACUUAUGUUAACAAUGUUGUUUGCGCAUUUGUCUGUUUCAUGCGUCAGCACCUUUAUUUUAUCACCAGUGUUAUUAUUUCAUAGCUUAUUAUUUUAUUUACAUUGGUAGGUUUUAGGUAGAAUGGAAAUAGGGCGCGAUAAAGCAAAAAUAGUCAUUAUAAACACAAGCCACAAGUUCUGUCGCGCACAGAUGUUUCUGUUUUUGUUCUAUAAGCAGGCAGCUGAUAAACAUUAGUAGGUUUAGGUAUUUAAAUGGGAGCUCCAAAUACAAAUUAUAUUCAAAUUAAUUAUUUUAUUAAACGCUAUUCUCCA